AUAUCUCCGAGUGGAUUGAAAGAUAACAUUCACCAUAAUAAAAGUGUUAUCACAGGUCUUAUCAAAACUCGGUGAAGACGCCUUCCCAUUCAAACUGUGUCGCUGAAACGGCAGGUGUUGCUAGUUAUUUCUUCUUGCUGAGAAGCUUAUCUCGCGUCAUAAGGGUUACUCGGCCCUUUCUCUCAUUUUGGCGUAGAUGUCUAUGCAUUUAAAAGGAAGCAGCGAUAUGAUGCGAAACGAAGAUGAGGGCUGGUGGACGUCCAGAACAGGUCUAGAACAGAAACUCAUCAUUUUAUCCACGAUAUUAUUUAUUGUUUGCUUCUCCUUAACCAUAACGGUUAUUGUCUACAAAAAUCGUUCAAGUUCAGGUGAUUCUACAACUGCAGCGCCCCCCAUCACUUCUACAGCAGCGACAAGUGAAACGACGGUGACAGGAGAUACAACGCCAUCUAGUGACUCCACAGUCUCUUCGAGUAUUGAAACAUCACCGGCGACAUCUCCAGAAGCAUCACCUAGUACAGGAUCACCUUCUACGCCCGAAACUACGUCAGAAACUCCGUCAUCAUCUACUGAGAAGGUAGUUCCACCAGACGCUGAAGGCGCAGUACAGAUAUCCAAAUCUUCUCCAUUAAUUUCACUAUUAAAAGAAGCUAAUAGAGUGAAUGGUAUCCUGGAAAAACUCAAAGAUGAUGAAAAACUGACAGGAGCUUGAAGCAGCUCUGAAGGAAGUUGAUUAUUUUUGCCAAAUUUUUUCGAUGAUUAUCUUGUUUAUAGUCGACAUCAAGAUGGAGAACUCAUAAAAACAAUAUUUUGUUAAAACAUAUUUAAAAUAAAUGAAGUGUUUAUAAGAUUCA